AUGACGCCGCUCGUGUCCCUCGCGACGACGACGACGACGACGCCGCCGCCGCCGCCUUCGGUGGCGUCGCCCUCCUCCAUCACCGCGCGCGCGUCGUCGACGUCGGUCGCCCCCGGGCGAUCGGUCGCGGCGCCGCCCGUUCGACUCGUCUCCACGAUCGCGCGCGCGUCCUCCUCGUCGUCCUCCUCCUCGGUCGACGUCGCGGACGCGCUCCUGACGUGCGCGGACUCGAUCGCGACGAACGGCGCAGAUCUGUACGCGUCCAAGCCCGACGGCGACGUCGCGCGCGCGGUCGAGACGCUCGUCGCGUCCGCGCGCCUGGGCUCCUCCGACGACGCGACCGCGUCGGACGUGAUCGCCGCGGGCGAAGGCGUGUACGAGGUGUUCAACAUGCCGCACAUGUUCAACCUGUCCUCACCGAUCGGCAUGCGGUUCAAGCCGGUGCGAUACACGAUCGGCGCGCGCGGAGAGAUACGAAGCGACGUGCGGUUCGUGACCCCGGGCGGUUUCGCGGGCUGGCUCAGCGCGUCGGGGCGCGUGGACGCCAGCGGGGUCGACGAGGUGACGCUCGCGUUCGACUCGUUCUGGGUGGGGCGAGACGGCGCGUCGCCGCGGGAUAACCCCGCGAGGGCGGGCGCCGAGGGCGGCGGGGCGCUCGGCGCGAUGGACGCGCUCGUCAACGGGCUCGGGAACGCGGGGUUCCUGCCGUCGUUCGCGCGGUUCCCGGUCAGGUUCUUCGACGAGGACGCGGGCGUGUGCGUGUUUCAGUUUCCGCCUCUCAGGUCGGACGUCGCGGCGCAACGCGUGUCGAGGACGCCUUCGGGGACGGUGUUCUGA